AGGAAAAAGUGCAUUAAAUUUUGUUCAAGUUUUAGAAGUUAUCCAAUCUUGAUCGUUUCGAUUUAGUGAUAGUGAUCUCGUUCAAUGGUUCGUCGGAUAUGAGUGUGGCAAAAGAACCAGCAAAAUGUGCUAGUAGUGACGAUCAGUCAAAGUACCUACAGCGCUUGUUGACCGAUGGUGUGGCCGCUCCGGUGGACCGUGAUGUUGAGGCGUAUGAGCUGCAGCUACCAUCGUGGUACGAUGAUGCCAAAUUUAAAAGGGCCCAGCGCUAUUUUAAAAGCAACUUCUUUGCAAUGUUUGUGGCAAAGCUCUGCGGUUUGCUCGUCAUUCUGGCGGUGCCGAGUAUAUUGGAUGUUUUGGUCUAUACUAAGCAGUCUUCGACUGCUUUAACGGCGUACCGCCGAUAUAUCGCCACCAUUAUGCACGUUCUCAAUUGGUACUACGAAGAUCUGACGCCGGGAUCCGCAUCCUGGAAAUCCGUAGCGUUCGUUCGAAGAACGCACGUGAUGGCCAGUAAAAGAAGCAGCUCUAAGCUGGCCAGUCGGAUUAUUUCACAGAAAGAUAUGGCGGUCACACAAUUCGGAUUUGUUGGGUACAUUGUACUAGGGCACAAGAAACUCGGCAUCAAAUAUCGUACGGAAGACAUGGAAGCAAUGGUUCACUUUUGGCGAGUCAUCGGCUACAUGAUUGGUAUUCAAGACCGCUAUAACCUGUGCACGGACUGCCUCGCGACAACCGAGCAGCGUAUGACGCAAGUGCAGGAACAGGUUUUGCGCCCGGCUUUGCUUGCCCGAAAGGAAACGUUUCAACAAAUGGGAAACGCCCUCAUCGAUGGACUGUGGUGCUUCAACCCAUUCCUGGACUACGACGCAUUUGUGUUCUUCACUUCCCGACUUACGGAAGUUCCCGGCUAUCACUAUUGGCUCGAAGAGCAUCCUCCAACGGUCGGCGAGACAGCGUAUGACACCUUCAGUCGGUACAGUCGAUUUAUACUGUACUUUCUAAUACUCGUUCAUGAAACUCUCCUGAAAUUCCUAGUUUUUAGAUGGUACUUCAACAGUCAAAUGGUAAUGUCAAGAUUUCUCAUAACGUACUUCCCGUUUUUGGCUAUCUUCAAGUUCGGAAUUAGAGACGCAUACGUUAGAAUAUUAAAAUGAUUUAAUAUGAUAGGUAUAUAAGACCAAGACCAGUGAUAGAUUCCGUCCAGUUAUUAAACAUUACCCUGCUGCUUAACGGCUAAGUAGAGAUUAAACAAGUGAUAGAGUGCCUGAAUA